UUAUAUUAUUAUAUUGUAACAUUUUAAAAUUCAAGCUUAAAUUGCUUUUGCAUUUUGGACAUUGGUGUGGGACUGAAAACCUUGUAUAACUGAAGACUGCUGUAUGGCUAGUAAGAUGGCUUCUAGAUUGUAUGAGACCUGUCAUUGGUAUUGUGGCGCUAUCAGUAGGAAACAAGCUGAUAAGUUGCUCCGUGGAAAAGAACAUGGUACCUAUCUUGUACGAGACAGCUCAACGUGCCCCAAAGAUUAUGUUCUGUCUGUCAGUGAAAACCACAAGGUUUCACAUUAUAUUAUUCACAGUGAGCAAGGAAGACUGAAGAUUGGAGAUCUUGAGUUUGAAGAUCUUCCUGUCCUUCUGGAAUUUUACAAGGAUCAUUACUUGGAUACAACACCUCUGACAAAACCGGUCACUAGAGAGAAGCCUCCAGUCUGCCUUAUCACUGUUACUCCUCCACUGCUAGAGGAGGAUCUAGUAAUGGCUUUGUAUGACUUUAGUGGCAAAGAUGAAGAAGAUCUGCCUUUCAAGAAAGGAGAGAUAAUGAAAGUUUUGGUUAAGGAUGAAGAGCAGUGGUGGACAGCAGAAAACAGACAAGGCCAGCGAGGGGUGAUCCCAGUUCCCUAUGUGAAGAAAUAUACACAGUCGACUGAAAGCAGCCAGUUCUCAUUAUCUGGGGAUAAGUCAUAUCUGAAUGUUCAGCCUGUCCAGCAGAAACUUCCAAAGUGGGCCAAAGCCAUUCAGCAGCGACAACCCAAUGCUUAUGACACUACAGCCCUAGGCUUUGAGGUUGGUGACCUCAUCUUAGUAACAAAAAUGAAUACUAAUGGCCAGUGGGAAGGGGAGCUGAAUGGACGGCGAGGUCAUUUUCCAUUUACUUAUGUUCAGAUUGUUAACUCUCAAGGUCUGAAGGAAGACAGCUGAAGCCUUUGGUUUGUCUGCUUUUCACAAUUAGGACUGAAAAAAGAAAAAUAUAUUUAUACAACUUUGAAUGAAGCUAAAUACAAGACUGAAAUGUACUUAUAUAAGAUUAAAUGGCAUUAAAUAUGAGGCUGUAACUGGUAAUAUUUACCGAUGGAGAACUGCAAGAUGCCAUGCUCCAGAUGCAUAUUAUACCUGAUCAUUUGGAGGAUACAUCAAAGAUGAGUUGUGCACCAAUCACAGAGUACCUUUCACAAUGGUGAUAACAUCAUUGUAUCAUAGUGCAACACUGAGGAAGUGAUGAACCUUAAAGGGACAGACUAAAUUUCACUAAAACAACAGAGAAUAACAAAGUAAAUACUUAAAAAUAAUGCCCUAUAAAAGUAAGUUAACAACAUAUCCACUAAUGAUGUACACUCAGUGUAAUAACUAGCAGAGUAAACAAUACCCAGAGAUCCUAGGUCCAGAGGUUAGUUAUUUACACAGUUUUCCACAAAUGCCUUUUAUGCAUUUUAAUUGUAAAAUGCAGAAUUGUUAUGUGUAGUUUCCCACAUGUACCCUUUCACAUUACAUUUGUAAACUGCAAAGUAGUUUUGUGCAUAGUUUCUCUUGUAACGUUUUUAUGUUACCAUUGUAAAAUGUAAAUGUUUUGAUUAAGUUAUGAGUACAACUACCAGGUGUGAGGCAGUGAAGUAUAACUGCAGUUUUAAAUAAAACAGGUGAGCAGACUUCAACAAAAACAACACUGUGCAGAAUAAAUAUGGACGCAGUAAAAUUUGUUCUUUGGACUUGUACUUCCUUUGUUCUACUUUAUCACUGUAAGUACCAAGAAAGUAAAAAAAUAUACAGUGUAUUGCACUGGAUGGCUGCAUUUCUGGGUAUUCACAGAGCAGGCAUAAUCCGCAGACAUAAGCACAG